AUAUAUACACCCAGCUAUUUUGUGGCUCCAGCCUUCAAUUAUGCCAGGAAGCUGAUUCUGCAGCUGCUUGUGAGUGCAGUCUGAAGGCCUGCAGCGUGCUGGUGAUCACUGGCCAGAACACCAGGGUGUCCCCAGGAAAAUGAGUUGCUUUCUUGAGGAAGAAGCAAAGAAGAAAGCUUUGUAUCUUGUAUAGUUGGAAGGCAAAGCAAUACAAUCUUGACAUCUAGUUGACUUAAAGAAGCAUUUUUCAAAGUACCUCUUGACCGUGUGAUCUUGUAUAUUUCUGACACCAACGUGCCUUUGGACUUGUGCAAAUAAAACAUUUGAAGAACUGAUUGGAGGAAGCAGCAGCUGAAGAAUCAUGGCAAAGCACUUGGAGGUCAUCAAUCUGUCAUUCUUGUUGGAACAUGAAAGGGAAACCAUAUUGGGAGUAUUGAAGAGAGAUGAGUAUCUGAAAAAAAUUGAAGAUAAAAGGAUAAGGAAACUGAAAAACGAGCUUCUGGAAGUGAGAAGGAAAGGCGGAAACCGUCACUGUCCACAGGACAACAGCAGGGUUUGCGUUCGCUGCCAGAAAAGCCUGGGCUUAAUCUUUGACAGAGGAGAGCUGUGCCAAACCUGCAAACUGCGAGUGUGCAAUAAGUGUCGUGUGGUGGGGGCCGAUGGGCAGUGGAAGUGCUCAGUCUGUGCCAAGAUUGCAGAGCUACGGAUAGUGACAGGAGAAUGGUUUUUUGAAGAGAGAGCAAAGCGCUUCAAACAAUCAAAUCUUCUUGGAACUGAUGUUGUCAGACAAUCUAUCCUACACAAAUUCCCAGAAGAUACAGUUUCCAGUAAGGAUGAAGGAAGAACAUUUAAUGAUCAACCCCAAGAAAAUGAAGAAAAAAGGCCAGAUGUAUCAGUCUCAUCCACAAAUGGGCCUAAAUCAGUCUUCAGUGGACCUAAAAAGAUAGGGAAAGUAUUUAGGGCAGUUAUCAAAGGAGAACUAAAAAAUGGUAAAGAUGAAGGUGAAAGGAGCAAAGGCUCAGAAGCUGAAAUCCAAAGUCUGCACAGAGGCCAGUUAACGCCGCCUUCUGAGAGAGGGAGCACCCUUUCACUUAACAGUGGUGACACAGAGGCCACUGCAAGCCAGCUGAAAGGGGCUGUGGGUCCUGUGAGCAGAGGCAAUGUUUCAGUACCUUCCUUCCAGAGGUCUCCAGCACUCAGCACACGCAGCAUGACUGCAGAUUAUAGCAGGGACACUGGUUUAGAAAAUGGCAUGGUUAUUCCAGCAAGUGAAAGUGUACCUGAAGCUUUAGUGAAGAAGCACUGUAGGAAAGCAUCAGGAACACCUUCCAUUGCAGUUUCUAGGGUAUCUUUGUCAUCAGAUCGCAGCCGAUCCGAGAUAGAUUUGAGUGAAUCUUUCUCUGAGGGAAAUGAGGAUACUCUGAGCAUAAGAAGCAAGUCUGUACCUAGUGCCUUAGAUCAGGAACUGGAUUAUCUGGGUGAAACAGAAGAAGAUACUGAUGACAUAGUGGCCUCUCGUUAUUCAAGUAAACAUGGAUGUUUGGCAAGUGGAGUAUCAACAAACUCCCCAGAGGGCUCUGACAGAAAAUGGACGUAUUUAAACGUGCCUGAAACAGAUGGUGAUACUACUAGCAUUAACAGCAUGCUGAGUGUAUAUAGUGAAACUGGUGACUAUGGCAACGUGAAGGUCAGCGGCGAAAUCCUUCUCAGCGUCAAUUAUAGCUACAAAACAGGUGCCCUCAGCAUCCUGGUGAAAAGUUGCAGAAACCUGGCUGUUGCAGAUGAGAAGAAGCAAAGGACUGAUCCGUAUGUCAAAGCAUACCUUCUGCCUGAUAAGUCUCGCCAAAGUAAACGCAAGACCAAAAUCAAAAGCAACAGCACCAAUCCUGAAUUCAAUGAAACACUGAAGUAUGUCAUCAGUCACACACAGCUAGAGACCAGGACCCUCCAGCUUUCUGUCUGGCACUAUGACAGAUUUGGACACAACAGCUUCCUUGGGGAGGUGGAAAUUCCAUUCGACUCCUGGAACUUCGAAAAUCAGGGCGAUGAGUGGUUUGUGCUCCAGCCCAAGGUGGAGGUUACAACAGAUGUUGGACUUCAAUAUAAAGGAGAACUCACAGUUGUUUUACGUUACAUUCCUGCAGACAGAAACCUAAUGCUUCCUCUAGGGCAGUUUCAAGGAAAGAAGAGCUUUAAAAAAGGGAAAAAACGAGACUCUCACGUGCCCUCUGGAGGUAUAUUAGAAGUCCUCAUCAAAGAAGCAAAGAAUUUAACAGCAGUGAAAUCAGGAGGCACUUCUGACACUUUUGUGAAAGGCUACCUACUCCCAGAUGACAGCAAAGCCACCAAACACAAAACUCCCAUAAUAAAGAAGAGUGUGAACCCCCAGUGGAAUCACACCUUUGCUUUCAGUGGCUUGACUUCAAGGGACAUGCACAAUAUCUGCCUAGAACUGACUGUGUGGGACAAGGAAUCGCUCUCCAGUAACAUUUUCCUGGGAGGUGUCCGUCUGAGCAUUGGAAAUGGUGUCAGUAAUGGCAAGGAGGUGGAUUGGAUGGAUUCUCAAGGGGAAGAGCAGCACCUCUGGCAGAAGAUGAUUGACAAUCCAGGAGCUCCUGUGGAGGGGAUAUUAAUGUUGAGAUCCAGCAUGGGGAAACGCAGACUGUGAAAGACUUUAGCUACUGAGGGGUACCACAAGUACUCCUGGCUUCAGUGGUGUUCAGACUCUUGUUAUUUUGCCCAUUUGGAAGUGGGGAAGGGUUGUACUCUUUACCUUGGAUAUUAAGUCUCCAAGUGAGAUUUUAAUGCAUCCUGCACUUUUUAUGCACGCAUUUUUAACCCAGGCUUGUUGUAUGGAUUAUGUUUCUCCUGAAGUCACUGAGAAUUUGACCUUGUAGAAAGAUCAGUCUGGCUUUCUCUGUCCCUUCUGGUGACUGCUGCAUAGCUGAUGAACACCUCUGCCUGGAGACAGGGGGCAUGGAGUGACCAAAUUCUCUAGUUAAUCAGUUAGCAAGUAAUGCCUGGUUUACAUACCUCCUGGGCCAAAGCUGGCCUAGGAGACAUCAGUGGUACAGUACAGACAGAUUCAGAGUGAGCCUGUGCUUUGAUAUUUGAAAGAAAAGAAGCCAUAAUGUUAUGAAGGAUAACAAACAACAUUUUUUUCUUUUUUUGAACAUGUUUUCUGACUGGGCUGUGCAGUGUGCAGGUUGGCAGGCUUGGUCCAGGAUGGAGCAAUCAACCCAUCAAGCAAGGCUAAUACACUGUGUUGCACACUAGAAACAGGCAGCAGGUGAGCUUGUGUAGAGUGCUGGUGCUCUGGCAUUCUCUUGGUCAUUUUAAAGCACUGUAUAAAAGGCAGACUUGGUUCAACACAAUCAAAGAGCCUCUAGUGAAAAUAAGUCAUAAGGAAUCCCUAAACAGUUUCCAGAACUACCUGGUAUUACUGCUUCUUUCAUUCAGUUGACAGCUCCAGCCAAGAUCUUCUGAUGUCACUGGACAGAGAAUAUGUUCAUAUGCCUCUCUCCAUCUGAGAUACACUGAAAUGAGACAUGUGCUGGGUUUGGACAUAAUUAGCUAAGCACUUGAUUUGACAGAUUGUGCAGUAAAAGUGCUGGCACAUGCCAGAAUCAUUUGCACAGCUGUAAUAUUUCCUUUGAGUGGGCUGGAAUCCCGUUCAGGUGUGUACAAACACACAUGCUACUAACCAGAAUAGGAUUAUUUUUUCUCUCUUGA